UCGGUACAGGAAGUGUAUGGGUGUGUUUCCGGGGGGGAGGGCCUCUAGCAUCAUCGAAAAAACUUCCCCCGAAGACACCGUGUAUGCACAGUCACAGAAUGGAGCUGCGGCCGCUUGUUAUGUGCUUUGCUCUGUGCGUGGUGUACGCCACCAGUAAACCCACAGAGAAGAAGGACCGGGUACACCACGAUGAGCCUCUUAGCAACCUCGAACACGAUGAUGCAGAGAACUUUGACUAUGACCAUGAAGCCUUCCUGGGGCAGGAAGAGGCCAAGACCUUUGACCAGCUCACACCAGAGGAGAGCAAGGAGAGGCUGGGGAUGUUGGUUGAACGCAUAGAUGAAGACAAAGAUGGCUAUGUGACUGCUGAGGAGAUGAAGAAAUGGAUCAAGCACUCACAGAAGAGGUGGAUCUAUGAUGAUGUGGACCGCCAGUGGAAGAGUCAUGACCUAAAUGGGGACGGAGUGGUGUCUUGGGAAGAGUACAAGAAUGCUACCUAUGGAUAUGUUCUAGAUGACUCGGAUCCUGAUGACGGCUUCAGCUACAAGCAGAUGAUGGCUCGUGAUGAAAGGAGAUUCAAAAUGGCGGACCAAGACAACGAUAUGAAAGCCAACAAAGAGGAGUUCACGGCUUUCCUUCACCCUGAGGAGUAUGACCACAUGAAAGACAUUGUAGUAUUGGAAACAAUGGAAGAUAUUGACAAGAAUGGAGAUGGUUUGAUUGACCUGGAUGAAUACAUUGGUGAUAUGUACAACCAGGAUGGAGAUGCCUCAGAGCCUGAAUGGGUGAAGACGGAAAGAGAGCAGUUCACUGAAUUCAGAGAUAAAAACAAAGAUGGGAAGAUGGAUAAGGAGGAGACCAGAGACUGGAUCCUGCCUACUGACUACGACCACGCCGAUGCUGAGGCCAAGCAUCUCGUCUACGAGUCCGACACAGACAAAGAUGGCCGUCUUACAAGAGAAGAAAUUGUGGAUAAGUACGACCUGUUUGUUGGUAGCCAGGCGACCGACUUCGGGGAGGCUCUGACUCGACAUGACGAGUUCUAACGCCGACCCGCCUCCACAGACUAUGUGCUCAUCCCGUCUUCCACCCGAUGACUCCUUCCACAGGGCACCGAAACUUUUUUAAACAGGAUGAGCUCACCUAAUUUAGCGCCAUGAACAAUAAUUUAUUUAAUUUCUGGAAUGUGUCCCAUCAUGCACACACCAACUUUGUAAGUAUGUGCUUGUUUAGUUGCACUGCUGACUGGGCUGAAUCACCAGCCUCCACUUUGUUUUCACUUGACUUUUAUCUUGGCCAAAAGUUGGCAAAAAGAAUGAACACAUUUUAGUACAUCCUUUGUUUACUGCAUUAAAGGUUGCUUUUACAGUCCACAGAAGACUUAAACACACCAUUUCACUUUGCAGAGACCGUGUAAUUAGUCCCGAACUGAAAGUUUUUAGUUCAGUUGUCCUUUAUGUUUCAAGUUCUGAUUGAUACAUUUGCAGUGCUGGGUUUGGGUGUCUUUGAACUCGGAGCAGAUGGUAUAGUACAGUAAAUACCAGCUAGUUUGGUGCAAUAGCACAUCUUAAGUGAUAAUGAUCUGUAUUUAACAAAAACUCCAUGUCCCUGGAACAGUUGGUUUUGUUUAACGAUAGAUGAAGUAUUCUGACUGAAUUCAGGUCGGUUCUAGAUCACUUUCCCCAAACCGCAACAAUUACCUCCGACUGAUCCGAUCUUAGACUUAGCUAGGGACUGGUGGCUUUGUCCUCAAAGCUGCUUUUCCUUCUAUUUCACUUUUUGUUUAUCACCUCGGAGAUGUUUAUCUGUGUCACGUGUGUUUAAAUGACAGAUUUAUGUUUUGAGUUAUUAUAUUUUUAUUAAGCUGAACUACUAUCUCACCUGUAUGCCAAGCAAGUAUCAACAGUUUGGGGGGGGGGGGGGGGGAUAUACCCCCUCCCUUUGACCCUUUGUAAAAUGUUCUUUUCCACAUGUUUGUUGAUUGUUUCAUCACUUCCAUCAUGUAUAACCACUGUUAAUGGUUUUUAUGGUUGUUACGUCUAUGAUAGUUUUUUACAGGCUCGCUGCAGCUACAUGCCUUUCACUGGUGACUUUACUGUACAUAAGUCGUUGGUCUGCAAAUUGAGCACUCUUGAUGACCAGGUCCAGUUUUUGUGAUUGAGAACAAAAUCUCAAUAAAAAAGUUUUAAACAUUA